CUGCCUUCUAGACUGGAAGGAAGCCUAGGAACCUGGAACCAGGAUGUCGGCCAACAAGGGCUGGUGGGCACCACCCGAGGGAGAUGACAGUGUGUCUGCAAGGCUCCUUAGGAAGAGCAAGGAGUCACCGCUGGUGCCUGUAGGUUUAGCAGGCUGCCUGGUGGUGGCGGUGUACAGGAUUUACCGGCUGAAAGCCCGGGGCCCCACCAAGAUGUCCAUCCACCUGAUCCACACGCGAGUGGCGGCGCAGGCCUGUGCGGUGGGCGCAAUCAUGCUGGGGGCUGUGUACACCAUGUACAGAGAUUAUAUCAAGAGGACAGCGCAGGACACCGGGGAGAAAUAGCCACUCCUACCAGGCCAGCACUUGGCCCUCUCAUACCCGGUUUCCAAUAAAGUGGCUUUGAG